AGGAAAUUACAGCAGCAAAGACCCAGCAACCCACUGCGGACCCUUGCCUGAGCUUGUUUACGUGGUAAGACUGCUAGCGUCGGCCGGCCUGGAGGCUUGCAUCGCUUGUCCACUACCCUGCGCUGAAUCAUAGGAGAACGAACGUCAGAGGCCUGAGCCGGCGUGCUCUUGAGGCCGGCCAGCAACGUCUGCGCCGGCUGCGCACCGCUCACGAGUCACGACACUUGACACUGGCGCCUACUUCCUUUACUUAAUAAUCAUCAUCAGAACCACAUCGAUCCUGGUCUGUGUGCUGAGAGCGCGAAACAUGCUAGUGCCGAGCUCCUUCAAAUACAGCUCGGCUUCUCUGCACCGCCAAAAGGAGACGACCCGUCGACGACCGUCUCGUGGCAGCACCCAAACAGGCAGCAAUAGCAGCAGCCACUCUUCACCACCACCCCCGCUCUCACCAAUACGCACUACGAGCGAGCCCGUGGCUAUUCCUGCGCCGAAGUCACCACAUGUUGCUAUUGCCUCACGCGACCGAUCAGAACCGCCUCAGCAUAGCAUGCCUUCAUCGCAACCGACUGCCACGCUCCCCAUCGGACGCCGGAAACAAUCAUCUCAUGACUCAAAUGCACUGCCACCGGCUGUCGCCGCCCUACUAGCAGUAACCUCCAUUCCCCCGCGACGACCAAACCGCUAUCGCACGAAACCUGGUAGCCAUCGGCGUAUCUCGAUCGAGGAAUUGGUCAGCGAGUGGAAGAGCGACGAGUCGUUCAAGACAAGCUACGGCAGUUCUGGCAGCCAAGCACUCAGUCUUCUGCUUGAAGAUGCCGACGAUGCUGAAGAACAAAGCCGCAAGGACAAUGAACCAAACUACCUCAAUGCGCGCUCCGCGUCCAGCGAAUCCAUGCCGUCGCUGGACUCUGAUGACCGCUCUAUCCUGUCACUCAGAUGUCCUUCCACGCCGGAGUCUCUGUGCAGCAGCAGAUCAUAUACGAACCUGAAGAAGGAGAAGUCAAGGUCGUUGCCUGCCUCCGAGAGUUGCGCGUUUGAUCAUCCCCUUCUGCCUCGCUCGGACCCUGAGGAUGAAGAUGAUCUUCUUUGGCCAAUCGCAAAGAAGACGCCGCCGGUCGCAAAACAAAAGUCGUCCUUUAAAUCCAAUCUCACUGCAUCUUUGCAGUCUUUAAAAGAGGCCGCUGUCAACUCCAUAUCAUCUUUCGCACGGUCUGGACCUACCUUGUCAGCAUAUCCCCGACAUGCUGGAGCACCAAUCGAUGACAUGCUCUGGUCGCAUCCAUUCCUGUUCCCACGAUUUAGCUCUGAAGUUCGGCCCGCCACGGAUGGCACGCCCUCAUCAGCAGAGCGCAGGUAUCUCAACCCCAUGCCUCUGACCUUCGAGGAACAAGAAGCGCCAUUCCAAGAGGCCUUGCACGCUCCAUUUCUCGCCGAGAGCUCCGACGACGCUCCGACGAUCCAGCUGCAAACUUACACUCGCGGUCGUCGGAGAGCGAACGGCAAGCGCUGCUCAGGUCCAAAUCCCAAUUCCGAAGCUGGAAGGGCCUUACUCGGUGCUGCUGGAGUGCGACAAAGAGAAGUGCGCGAAAAUUCGGAUUUCCUGCGUGUUGUAGUCCUGGAGAUGAACAUGCGGAGAGAAGGCAAGCUUGAGCAAGGCCGAGCCAAAAUCUGGCUUCCUCCGAGACAGGCCAGUGCAGCGACCACUCAACCUGGCCGCGUUCCACCACGAUGGGUCGGUGAGAGUGCGUAGAAAAGCGCAGCCACAAUUUUGGUUCUGAUGUGUGUGUGUGUGUGUGAUUUAGUUGAAGCGUUCGAGCGUAACGCAUUAUGAUGAAAUGAUGAAAGGAAUGGCUGCAUUGGAUAAACAAGUAGACAUCGCAGGAAGAUGUUCUGUACUACAGCUUCAGAGCUGAAGAAGAAGAAGAAGUAGAAGAAUUAUUGGUAGAACGAACCCCAGCAGCAAUGCCACAACAAUGAAAUCAAGAAAAGAGAG